AUGUCUCGCUGCUGGCCGUAUCCCCCGCCGGGGUUCCAGAAGAAGCCUCGGGAUCCGUCUCUAAGCGUUCCUAAGGAGACGAGAUCGGAGGGGAAAGAUAAAGAUCGAGACAAGGAUAAGAAAAAGAAGAAGAAGAAGCGGCAUAGGGAAGGGGGCGAGGGGGAAGACAAGGAGGAGCGGAAGCGGCGCAAGGAGGAGAAGAAGCGUUCUAAGGAGUCAAAAGAGCCCAAGGAAACUAGAGAACCCAGGGAUUCUAAGGAAUCAAAGGGAAAGGAGUCUAAGGAGAAGGAGUCUAAGGAGCACCGGAAGCAGUCGUCUGAAGACUCGGCGCGCAAGGAGAAGGAUGGGAACACGGAGAGGGGGGCGGGCGGGGAGAAGGGGAAGGGCGGGGACACGGAUAAGGGGAAGGGCGGGGAGAAAGAGAAGGGUGAGAAAGGGGAGGGUUUGCGUUUGGAGACGUCUCGGAAAGAGGAGAAGAGCAAGGGAGAGAAGGGUGAGGGUUUGGGUCUUGAGACGUCUCAAGAGGAGGAGAAGGGCAAAGGCAGGGGGGAUGACGGUCAGGGUUCGGGGAAAGAUAAGGGUGAGGGCGAAAAGCAGAAGAGUGAAUUGCGGAAAGAUGUGGGGAAGGAGGAGGAGCAACGGGAAAAGGCGAGUGGAGAGGGGAAGGAAGGGAAGGAAGGGAAGGAGGGGAAGGAGGAGAAGGGAAAGGAAGAGAAGAGGAAGGAGGAGAGGAAAGAGGGGAAUAAGGAGGAGAGAAGGAAAGAUGAGAAGAAGAAGGAGGAUAAGCAUAAGGAUGAGAAGAGGAAGGAGGAGCGACACAAAGAGAAGGAGAAGCGGAGGGAGGAGAAGCGGCGAGACGAGAAGCACAGAGACAAGCAUAAAGACAAGAAGCAGGACCGCAAGGCAGUGCCUCAAGGCAUGCCCAACGGGGAGAACGGCAUUCCCCGCGCUCCUGCCCCCCCGGAUACACGUGGCGUUAACGCAUUGGACACACGUGGCACUAAUGCGUUGGAGCCACGCGGUGUUAAUGCAUUGGAUACACGUGGCACCAGCACAGCUGACGCACGUGCUUCCAGCAAGCAGGAAAAGCAGGAUACACGUGCGUCUCAGCAGCAGGACACACGCCCCUCCGCAACCCUUAACGAACGGAUCUCGAAAUCAACGGACGGCAAUGCUCGGGAUCUGAGCUCAGCACCAGGAGCGCCCAAGCCGCUGCACGGGUCAGUCUCAACCCCUGAUCUCCGGACAGGUCAAGAUCAACGGCUGCGAUCGUCCGACAGCCGGGGGCAUCACGAUUUGAAAUCAGAGGACGUGAGACUGGGGAACGGGGAGGGGGAGGUGAGAAGGGAGACUGAGGGGACGGAUAGGGACAGGCAGGAUAGGAGAGAGGGGAAGGGACGGCAGGGAGAAGGUGGGCAGGUCUCCUCAGGUGCUGCUGUGAGAGCAACAUCAGAGCCUUCUAAAUCUGGAGGGAAGCCGGGGUUAGAGGAGCUGAGAGAUCUCCAAUCAGCAAUGGAGUUGAGAGGAACGGGAGCGAAAGGGGCUCCUGCUGCAGCCGCUGCCGCGCCGGGCGUGGGUGGAGUUGGAGAGAAGCGGGCCGGAGUGUCGCCAAGCGAUAAACCUCCGGUGCACGGAGCAGGGAGGCAGAACGGGCGGGUGGGCGACCUGCUGCAGAGCCACAAGCGCAGCCACGGCAGCCAGAGCAGCCAGGGCAGUUUGGGAAGUCAAGGUAGUCAACCCAGUCAAGGCAGUCAUGGCAGUCAGAGGCUCGGGAAGGAGGGACAAGCAGCAGGGCAGGGCACAGGGGAUGGGGAUAAGGGAGGGCAUGGGACUCGUGAGGGUUCGGACCGUCGCCACCACCACCAUCAUCAUCAUCCUUCCCGCCUCGCCUCGUCCUCCUGUGUCUCAGAGCCUGGUGCUGGACCGAGCGCCUCUGCUGCAGCUGCUGCUGCUGCUCUGAAAGGGAUGGGGCGUUCGGCCAGUUUAGGGGCAGUGGUGGUGGAUCAGACGUUCCUCGCAUUCGACAACGCCACACACGGGCUUGCUGAGGCGCUGGCUGAGAUGGAAGCCGAAGUGAGCUUUGCUGACUGGCUCAUGCCUGAGCUGGGGGUGGGCGAGAGGGGGGAGGGAGAUUUGGGAGGUGUGAGUGGUGUGGGGGUGAAAGAUGGAGGGGUGAAAGGUGGGGGUUUGGAGGGGAAGGAUGUGGAAGAGAGGAGGGUGAGAGAGAGUGGGAUGCAGGAUGUGGAUAUGAAGGAUGGUGCUGGAGGUGAGGAUGAGGGGGGUGAGGAUGAUGAGGAGGAAGGGGACGGGGAGAAGAGUGAGAGAGUGGUGUGGGCAAGCCCGAGGUACCUUCCGGAGUUUGACGUCUGUAUACUGCCCUUCAUCCCGCCCUUCUGA